GAGGAGGAAGGCUUCGCGCUGAGGACCCUCCUCUCGCCUUCUUCUUCGGUGCUUUCAAGGCGGGGUCUGCCUUCGUCCGGACCCCAAAAGGAUCUCUAUGGGAUUGGGCUGAGAGCAUUGGGACCCCCCAUCCAACCCCAGCAGCAGACGCAGCAGAGGCAGCCUCCUCUUGUCGUGCCCUUUGGCUAGUCCAGGCCCGGCCGCACUAUGCAUCCCAAGGGCCGCGGCCGUGGAAGCGCCACCGUCCUGCUCCUUCUCCUGCUCCUGGCCUUUGUGGCCACGGCGGCCCACCUCGUGCCACGGCUCUCCUUCCGGAAAGAGGACCCUCGCCGCCUGGUCUCCUCCUUCAGCCACAAAGAGGUCCAGAACUACGACGUCUUCCUCCUGAGCCCCGAUGGGGAGACCCUCUUCGUGGGGGCACGGGAGGCCAUCUUGGCCCUUGACAUCACCAGGCCGGGAGACAUACAGGUCAAGGGGGAGAUCCCCUGGAGCCCCCCGGCCAGCAAGAAGGAAGAAUGCGUCUUCAAGAAGAAAAGCAACGAGACGGAGUGCUUCAACUUCCUGCGAGUGCUGGUGCCUUUGAACGCGACCCACCUCUACGCCUGCGGGACCUACGCCUUCAGCCCCACCUGCGCCUUCCUGGAUGUGGCAAACUUUACACUGGUGAAGGACGCCAAGGGGAACCCGCUGCUGCAGGAAGGGAAAGGCAUUUGUCCCUUUGACCCACGGCACCAGAACACCGCCAUCGUUGUGGAUGGAGAGCUCUACGCGGGGACUAUGAACAACUUCCAGGGCAACGAGCCCAUCAUCUCCCGCACCCUCGGCACACGAACCCCCCUCAAGACGGACAGCUUCCUCACCUGGCUGCACCCGGAUGCGUCGUUUGUGGGCUCGUUCAGCCCGGCGGCUUUGGACCCGGAGGCGGAGGAGGGCAAGGUCUACUUCUUCUUCUCGGAAACCGGGAAGGAGUUCGACUUCUUCGAGCGGCUGACCGUCCCGCGCGUGGCCCGCGUCUGCAAGAACGAUGUGGGCGGAGACAAAGUGCUGCAGAAGAAGUGGACCACCUUCCUGAAGGCGGGGCUGUCCUGUAGCCAAGGCAACGGGCACUUCCCCUUCACCCUCCUCCGCCACGUGGCCCCCCUCCACCAGCCACAAGGGGGCGCCACACUCCUCUACGGGGUCUUCGCCUCACAAUGGCAAGGGGGCUCUUCCUCCUCGGCGGUGUGUGCCUUCAGCCUCUCGUCCAUCCAGCGCGCCUUCGAGGGGAAGUACAAGGAGCUGAACAAGGACUGCUCCCGGUGGGUGACCUACAGCGGGCCCCCCAUGGAGCCGCGGCCCGGAAGCUGCGGUGUGGGCCCCUCCUCGGACAAGGCCCUGACCUUCAUGAAGGACCACUUCCUGAUGGAGGGGCGCGUGGCCCCCGUCCUGGGCCGGCCCCUCCUCGUGGCACACGGGACCCCCUACUCGCGCCUCGCCCUGCACCACACGCGCCUCGCCAGCGGGAAGACGCUCACCGUUCUCUUCCUAGGCACAGAGGGGGGCUCCCUGCACAAGGCGGUCUCCCUGGACGGCAGUGGCGGCGAGGCCCACAUCGUGGAGGAGGUCCAGCUCUUUGAGCGGCCGGAGCCCGUGCGCAACCUCCUCCUGGACCCCACGCAGGGGAGGCUCUUUGUGGGGCACUCGCGGGGGGUGCUGGAGGUGCCCUGGGCCAACUGCAGCCAGCACCGCUCCUGCGCCCAGUGCGUCCUGGCCAGGGACCCCUUCUGCGCCUGGGACGGGGAGCGCUGCAGGGACCUCUCCCGGGACGGAGCGGACGGAGACCCCCAAAACAGGACGCGGUGGGCGCAGGACGUGGAGGGGGGCCGCCCGGGGCCCCUCUGCCCCCCCAUCGGCAGCAGCGGCAGCAGCGCAUCCGCCAAGGGCCGUUCGGGGCCCCGGAGUAGCCUCCCUGUGGGACUCCCCGUGACAGAGCUGCGGGGCCCCGUGCACUCCCUGUUGCGCCUGCCCUGCCCGCGCGCCUCGGCCCUGGCCAACUACUCCUGGACGCUCCCUGCGGCCACUCCACCCUGGGCGGCGCUGGUGGUGCCUGAAGAGGAGGCGGGCGGAGCGUUGUUGUCCGGCGGGGGGGGCCUGGUGGUGCUGGUGGGCCGGGAGCCGCGGGGCCCCUUUGCCUGCUGGGCCUCGGAGAACGGCUUCCGUCACCCGGUGGCCCUCUUCCGCGUCCUGCCCGUGUCCGCGCCCUCCUUCUCGGGGGAGGGUGACCGGCCCGAGCUGUCGGGCGCGGCGGGGAAGGGCCCUGGUCCGGAGCCCAUGUCCGAGCGGCGCUCCUACUGGGUCCAGUUUGUGACGGUGACGGUGCUGCUGGCCAUGACGCUGAGCGUGGCGGCCGCCCUGGCCUUCUUCUCCUUCUACGAGAAGGUCAAGGCCAAGAGCAAGGUGGACCACACCGGGGGCCCCGAGGGCGGUCAAGCGUCCGGCCAGGAGAAGGCCCCGCUCCAGAGCAGCCAGGCCGCCCCUCCCGAAAGCAGCAGUGGCGGGAGCAACACCAAGUCCUGCUGCGUCCAAGUGGACAUUGAUGCCGAGAACAACCGCUUGACCACCGACAAAGAGGAGGAGGACGGAGGGGCCAAGCCCGUGGCCGCCGUGGCCAUCUAGACUGACCCGGAAACAGUGGCCAAAGGCCACAGGGACCCCCGUAAGGGCUGAACUCAAAGCGCCAAGAGAAAACGCCACGGAUUCAAAUUCCCCGUCUCCGGCUGCUUUAUUUUGCAUAGACAGGACCCCCUGAGGGUGGGCUGCAUGGCCUCCGGGGGCCCCUUCCUUCCGGGCCAAGGGAGGGAAAGGGGGGUCUUAUGGCCCGUUUUCUGUCUCCCUUUUCAAGCCAUCUGCCGGGAGGGAUCGGGUGGGGUCGCUUAGUGGAAUGGGGUUGGUUUGGAUGACCUUCAAGGGACCCUUCCAAGCCCAUCAGGGUUCCAUAAAGAAGGAAAAAAAGUGGGCUUUUAAGAUAGAGACUGAGCCGUUUUUCCAUCCCAAUUUUCCGGCCAUCUUCUGGGAGGGAUCAGAUGGGGUUGCCUAGCAGAACGGGGUUUUGUUUGGGGUUUUUCCAAACCUAGGGUUCCAUAAGGAAAGAAGAGAACGGAUUCUUACGAUAGCGACUGAGCCAAUUCUCCAUCCCAUUGAUACUGAAUUACCUUCCUCAGCAGAUGGCCAUCUGCCAGGAGGGAUCGGAUUGUGCCCAGCAUGAUGGGGUGGGUUUGGAUGACCUUUAGGGGUCCCUUUUAGGGCUCCAUAGGGAAAGAAAACAAUGGGCUUUUAUGAUCAAGACUGAACCAAUUUUCCAUCACUUUUGACUGGACGGCCAUCUGCCAGGAAGGAUCAGAUUGUAUUGGGUUGGAUGACCUUUAGGGGUCCCUCCCUUCCAAGCCUAGGAUUCCAUAAAGAAAAGAAUGGAUUUUGAUGAUAAGAGACUGAGCCCACUUUCUAUCCCUUUUGGCUGGAUGGCCAUCUGCUAGGAGAGAUCGAAUUGUGUUUCUCAAGGGUUUCUAGGAUUCCAUAAAGAAAAGAAUGGAUUGAUGAUAAGAGACUGAGCCCACUUUCUAUCCCUUUUGGCUGGAUGGCCAUCUGCUAGGAGAGAUCGAAUUGUGUUUCUCAAGGGUUUCUAGGAUUCCAUAAAGAAAAGAAUGGAUUGAUGAUAAGAGACUGAGCCCACUUUCUAUCCCUUUUGGCUGGAUGGCCAUCUGCUAGGAGAGAUCGAAUUGUGUUUCUCAAGGGUUUCUAGGAUUCCAUAAAGAAAAGAAUGGAUUUUGAUGAUAAAGAGACUGAGCCCACUUUCUAUCCCUUUUGGCUGGAUGGCCAUCUGCUAGGAGUGAUCGAAUUGUUUUUUUAUUAUUUGAGGAUUUGCAACUAUUUUUGUUUAUUUUAUGGUUCAGAGAUUUGCAAAUAAUUUCCCCACCGAAAGCCCGAUUCGCUGCCAGUAUAUCGUGCAUCCUUAUUACUAGGAUGACGAUAAUUAUGAUUAUUAUUUAAAACUGCAUUCAUUCCGAUGAGACCCGAACUCUGUGCUCAGGGAGAGUCAAUCUCUCUUCUUUCAAUACGUUUUUCUAUGCAAAGAGCCCUUAAGGAAGCACACUGGACCCUUUUGCUUUGCUGCCCCACAUUAAACCCUCUUGCGUCCGCACUGUAGAAUUAACCCACUUCAAUCACGCAAUGUUACGGCUUCCUGGGAAAGUUAGUUCGUUGUCCUUUGGGCAGAGAAGACUUCCUAGGAUCGCACCAUUGCCUUUGUUCUGCUUUUAAAGUGGUUUCAAAGUGGGUUAAUUCCACCGUGUGGACACCAAAAACAAACCAACAAACAAACUCAGUGCCUGCAUGGAUUUUUAAUUAUUUUCCCUCCGAAAACAAUGUUUUUAAAUGUCUGAUAUUAAUGGAUGUUUAUGUGUGUUUGGACUGGAGAGAAGGUUUUGGGAUUUGCAUGCGUGUUUUGCAAAAUACAUACAAUUUACAUAUAAAAAAAUAAUAACUAAAAAUAAAAACAAAGAUAUUAAAUUCUAAAAACCAACCAAGAUAUUACAAUAAAAGCCUAUUGUUUGGAUAGGAAGGAAAUAAUAGAUAUUUUAUAUAUAUAUCCUUUCCACACUGGACAGUUAUACCACUUUGGUUCCACUUUAACUCCCGACUGGGAUUGGUCGUCUUUGGAGAAGCGAUUGUGUUGGUGGCUCAGAAAGGGGCCUUGCUUGGUGGUUGUUGUUGUUUGUUUAUAACACGGUUGUUUUGUUUUGUUUUGAUAAAAAGAAGGUGUAAAUCCACUGUGUUUAUACAUACUAUUUUUAUUAAAAAGUGUCAUGGAGGAA